CUUUUAUUACACAAUUAAAAUUAUCAUAAUUUAAAUACAAAGUAUACUCGAUGCAAUGCGAUCUUUCUGUAGAUGUUUUCAAGAAACGAACUUUGAACCAUUGUGUCAUUCUCUCUCGACAAUGAAAAGACGUUAUCAUCGUGUUGAGUACGUGAAAAAAAAGAGUAUCAACGUUCGAAGAGGAUCAACGUUAAAGCUUGCGUAAACAACCUAACCUCAAAAUCACUCGAAACGAUCAUGAUGGCAAUUUUCGCGUUAUUGCUGAUUGUUCUCGGUAUUCUAGGCUCGUACCAUCUUCUGAAAUCGCAAAAUCCUUUCAAGGAGCACGGUUUACCGUACAAAAGUUAUCUUCCAAUUCUCGGCAGUACGUGGGAAUCGAUAUUGAGGCGAAAAUCAUUCGCCGUCGUGAUUCAAGAGAUAUACAAUCUAGCCCCAUCCGCGAGAUACGUGGGAUUCUAUAACAGAACGACACCGAUAGUGAUGAUCCGCGAUCCCGAAUUGAUCAAGACCAUAGCCGUGAAGAAUUUCGAUGCUUUUAGGAACCAUAGAACCGUGAACGAUACACAGACGGACGACGUGUUGCUCUCUGGUAAUUUGUUGUUGCUGCGCGACAACAGAUGGAGAGAGGUUCGAUCUCUCAACACCCCAGCCUUCAGCACCAGCAAGAUAAGAUCCAUGUACCGUUCGAUGUCCGAGAUCGCCAUAAACGUUGCCAGAUAUCUAUCGACUCUUGCUCCCGGGCAAAAUAUAGUCGAGAUGAAGGAUAUAUUCACCAGAUACGCAAACGACGUAUUCGCCACUUGCGCAUUCGGCAUCAGCGUGGAUUCUUUGUCGGAUCGGGAGAACAAAUUCUACGAGUUGGGAAGAGAGGCGUUGGACAUUCACAGCACUCCGAUCCUCAAAUUGAUCCUAAUUUUCGCGUUCCCAAAAUUGGCGAGAAGAUUGGGCGUGAGUCUGGUGAGCAAGGAAGCGACCAAUUUUUUCACCCGUGUGGUGUCCGAAAAUAUAAAGAUGAGGGAGGAGAAGGGUAUAACGAGGCCGGAUUUCAUUCAAGCAAUGAUCGACAAACGUAACGGGAGAGGUCGCGAUGACGAGUUGACCGUCGAGGAUAUCACCGCUCAAGCUUUCGUGUUCUUCUUUGGUGGAUUCGAGACAACAUCCGGUUUAUUAUCGUUCGCUGUCCACGAAUUGGCGGCGAAUCCAGAGAUUCAGGGCAAAGUUCACGCGGAGAUAGAUCGUGUUCUAGUUUCCAAUAACGAGAUCACGUUCGAACGAGUGAACGGUCUGAUGUAUCUCGACGCUGUGAUCAACGAGACACUGAGAAUGUAUCCAAUUAUACCCAUCACGGACCGAGAGUGUUCGAAACGGUUCGAAUUACCGCCCGUAUUGCCCGAUGCGAAGCCUUACGUGUUGAAAGAGGGCUCUCACGUUUGGUUCCCGAUCUACGCGAUCCAACGUGAUCCGAGGUAUUUCGAGAAACCCGAUUGCUUCGAUCCGGAUCGAUUUUUGGACGAUAAUAAGAAGAGAAGUGAUGCUUUCAACGGUGACGCGUACAUGCCUUUUGGCGCGGGUCCAAGAAAUUGCAUCGGCAAUAGAUUCUCGAUGAUGGAAACCAAAGUCGCGUUGUUUCAUAUUCUCGCAAAGUGUCGGUUAGAGGUCUGCCCGAAAACGACUAUACCUAUGGAGUUGAGGAAGAGGGGAGUGUUUCUCACGGCGAAAAAUGGAUUCUGGUUGAGAAUCGUGCCCAGGCAUCCAGUUACGAUACAUAUAUAUCAAUUUCGAGGAGAAAUAAUUACAUAUCUCGAGCAAGAAAACGAAUCGAAAACGAUGCUCGAUUCGUGGUCGAUAACCGCGGCGAUAGUCGCGGUCCUCGCGAUAGCCUAUUACCAAUUGAUCUGGAAGUACAAACAUUUCGAAAGAAUCGGCAUUCCUUGCUACCACUCGAUACCGUUGCUGGGAAGUUUUUGGGAGGCUGUUAUCCAACGGAAUAAUUUCGCCGAGAUAUCGAGGAAGAUCUACAACUCGUAUCCCGACACGAAAUACAUGGGUAUGUACGACACAACGACCCCCGUCCUCUUGAUCCGGGACACGGAGUUGAUCAAGGCGAUCUCGGUUAAGCAUUUCGAGCAGUUUCCGGAUCACAGAUCGUUCCAGAACGAGGCGACCGAUCCGUUGUUCGCCAAGAAUUUGUUCGCCCUUCGCGGGGACAGGUGGAGAGAGAUACGAAACCUGUUGAGCCCUGCGUUCACCUCGAGCAAGAUGAAAUCCAUGUUCAUACUGAUGCGCGAUUGCGCGAAGGAGUACGGCGAUUAUUUCGCCUCUCUGACGGGGGACGAGAGCACGAUCGAGUUGAAGGACGCGUUCACCAGAUACACGAACGACGUGAUAGCCACUUGCGCGUUCGGCGUCGAGGUGAACUCGAUGAAGGACAGGAAGAACAAGUUCUACGUGUACGGGAGGGAGGGGACCACUUUCGGCUCGUGGGCGUCCAUCAAGUUCUUCGUCACGAGGGUGUUGCCCGUGAGCGUGUGCACCCUGUUGAGGAUCAGGUUGAUCAGGAAGGAGAUCUCGGAUUUCUUCAUCGAUCUGGUGAGCACGACGAUCAAGACGAGGGAGGAGAAGGGGAUAGUUAGGCCGGACAUGAUCCAACUGAUGAUGGAGUCGAAGGGAAAACUGGGCGCCGGGAAGGAGAUGAGCAUGAUAGACAUAUGCGCACAGGCGUUCGUCUUCUUCUUCGGCGGUUUCGAGAGCACCUCCACGCUGAUGUGCUUCGCCGCUUACGAGAUUGCCGUGAACGAAGAUAUCCAGAGGAGGUUGCAGAACGAGAUCGACCAAGUUUUGGAGGAGCGGGACGGGGAGGUGACGUACGCGGCCGUUAACGAGAUGAAGUUUCUCGACGCGAUCAUUUACGAGGCUCUCAGAAUGUAUCCGGUCGUGGUGGCCACGGACAGGGUUUGCAUGAAACCGUUCGAAUUGCCGCCCAACAGGCCGGGCGAGAAGCCUUACCUCCUCAAAGAGGGCGACAACGUGUGGUUCCCGAUCUACGCGAUUCAACGCGACCCCCAAUAUUAUCCGGAGCCGGACAAGUUCGACCCGGACAGGUUCUUGAACGACACGAAACAGAUGAUCAAUUCUGGCUUGUUCCUAACGUUCGGGAUAGGACCCAGGAUGUGCAUAGGGAACAGGUUCGCAAUGCUGGAGACGAAGGUUUUGCUGUUCCAUCUGUUCGCCAGGUGCAACCUCGUCCCCUGCUCCAAGACCACCAUACCGAUGAAAUUGAACAGGAAAGGAUUCUCGAUGACCGCCGAGAAUGGGUUCUGGUUCAAGAUCGAGCCGAGAAGCGCGAAGAAGGAGGAGAAAAUUGCGGUUCCGGGGACGACGAUGCUUAUAGAUAAAAUCCCUGACAGAUAUCCUGAUAAUUAAGACGCGGUAUUUUUUUGUAAUUGAAACAUUUGUCGAAUAUUUACGCAUUAAUUUAUAUUUGGAUAAGAGAAUCCUUUUAGAUGAUUUCUUUUACAAGGUAUUAUAUAGCAGUUAUACUUUUAUACAAAUUCAUUCUUCUCGCAGUUUUCGACGGAAUAAUCGUAUAAUAUUUCUAUGUAUCUUUUUAAUUUUUAUUCUUUUUCUCUUUUUUAAGGAAUCGCCUUGCACAAGAAUGCGGAUUCAUUGAUAAUUCAUUUCCAUCGAGGAAGGGAUAAAAGUUUUUGUCGUAUCUUUAGAAUUAUAUAGAUGAAUUUUGAGAUUGUCUAUCUUAAUUAAUUUGCAAGAAUUUGACGAGCAUUGGAGGAUACUGGAGAUAAAAUAUUUACGAAUUCCUCGAAAAUUUUUGCGACCAACUGUACUCGGCCCGCUAAACAACGGUCAAUUCUACGAAAUGACAUCAUACCGUAGAAUUUUAAAAUAGCUUCACUCCAGAUCCGAUCAAUUUUUUCACCACGAAUCAUUCUCUUACAUCGAUGGAUUAUAUAAAGAAAGGAAACUGCGCAGAACGAAUGAAUAUCAAAUGGAGGAAGUCGUUUUCUUUUAUCAAUAAAAAAAUUAAUUAAUUUAGAUAGAAAAAAAAAUAGAUAAAGGCAGAUAAAAAUAAUUGUUCAAGCGUUUGUUGUCAAUCGAUUAUGAAUUUUUCGGAUAUGAAACGUUCGAGCGGAAUCGGCAUUUUGGCAAAUUUUCUAUCCGAAUUCUUUCGAAAUUCUUUCUCAAUUUUAAAGUCAGAUUGCUAAAUCUUCCAUGCGAUGUUUAUCGUUUACAGUAUCGUAUUGAUGAUUGGGAUAAAAUUAAAUUCGAUUAAUUUCUCUUUUUAAAUCUCGGUUAUUUAAAUCGAUCGUUGUUCUUAUUCAAUGCUUAUUUUUAGUAUUGCCACGGUACGUCAUGUUGACGGUUGGUGUAACAUUAAAUUUGUUCGAGUUUUCCCACGAAUCGUUGCACGAAUCUGGGAUUCAAGCACGAUUACGUAGAUUUUAUAAUAUUAUUUUCUUACAAUGCUGCUAGCAUUAUUGUAAUGUGUCACGUUGACCGUUAAUUGUACAAUCAAAUUUGAUUGCUUUAUAUAUUUUAUGGUAUAUUGUAUGAAUUUUAUCUUUAUCAUUGUUUAAUUAUGAAUAAAAAAUUAAUGAGCAAUAAUCUUUUUUCGUUUGAAAUUUCAACAAAUUCACGACCACUUCUCCUUACUUUUUUCACAGAUCUCGAAAAUGAACAACCUUCCUCUUUUGAUCGGAUAAAUAUAAAAUUUCUUCAUCAUGGACAAGUUCUUUCAUCCAGAAAGAGUCGAAAAAAAAAAAGAAAAAAAGAAAAUUACAUGCUUCUUAAAAAUUCUCUUUCCGUCCGAUCGCGUGAAAUAAAGAAGAACGAAUAAUAGAAGAAAAAUGGAUCUUUGGUUCGUGACUAGUUGGCCGGUUGCAUAAUGGACGCGUGUUAUGCGUCCAUCUCAAUUAUCAUCCAGGCUCCGGACGAGCAUCAGCGUUGUGUGCAUGUCCGGCACGUAACAGGGUGUCGCCGCAUUAUAUGUACGUAACAGUCGUAUAAUAUAUUCCAGUACGUGAUCGGCAAAGGCGCGACACGACCUUGUGAAUGUUGCUUUAAUGAGCGAAUGUAAUGUAGAAGCUGGAGCGAAUCGAGCUGGUUGAUCGUUUACCGAAUAAAAUAUAGAGGAAUGUAUCAAUGACCUACUUUGAUCCUUCUUGCUAGGAAAACAAAUUCAAGAUUCGCUCUGUGAAUGAUUAUGGAAUUGAUUUGUAUUUAUAGGACGAUUGAAAGUUUUGAAUUGAAACUUUGGGUACGUGUAUAUAUGUAUAUUAUAAUGAAAGAAAUUUUUGUAAAUUAAAAGAUGGAUCGAGUAAUUGUAAUUUUCUCCUUUUUGUUUUAUUGAAUUUUGUAGGAUUGAUAGUCUAAUUUGAAAAAUUAAAGGAGCAGAACGUUUGUACGUUUCGAGUUGUGAGUACUUUCGAGAAUGUAAGAGUAGUGAGACAUCUAGUGGCAUAUAAUAAAAGUUGUAUCUAUUCAGGAUAUUUGGAAAUAUAAAAGAAUUUGAUUAUUA